AUGGAUAUCAUUAAGGCGUACGGCUUUCUCUCCUACCAGAGUGAUGAUACACCCCCUCCUGAACAGCGCACCUCCCCCCUCCCAGCCCCCUUCUCCUCAAUCCCACGCACCCCCCUCCUCCUCGGCCCCUCGCCGAUACACCUCCUCCCCCGCAUAACCGCCGAUCUCGCCUCAACCACCCCACACGCCAAAGUAAACAUCUACGCCAAGCGCGACGACCUCAACUCCGCAUUCGCCUACGGCGGCAACAAAACCCGCAAACUAGAAUACCUACUCGCCGACGCCCUGGCCCAAAACUGCGACACACUCGUCUCAAUCGGCGGCGUCCAGUCCAACCACACCCGCCAGGUCGCAGCAGUCGCAGCCCGAUCCGGUCUCAAAGCCAAACUGGUCCAGGAACAUUGGGUCGACUGGGUAGAUAAGGGCUAUGACUCUGUUGGCAAUAUCCAGUUAUCUCGUCUAAUGGGCGCGGAUGUUCGUCUCGAUCCGUCCGGAUUUGGCAUCGAGCAUAAGAACACCGCUGCGGCUGUUGUGGAGGAGUGCAAGGCUAAUGGUGAUCGCCCUUACUACAUCCCGGCUGGUGCGUCGGACCACCCACUUGGUGGAUUGGGAUUUGCGCGGUGGGCGUUCGAAGUACGACAGCAGGAGCAGGAGCAGGGUAUAUUCUUCAAUACUGUUCUCGUGUGCGCGGUGACGGGGUCGACUUUUGCCGGGAUGAUUGCUGGAUUUAAGUUGCUUGAACGGUUGUAUCCGGAUGAUCCCAAGCGGAAGGUUAUUGGGAUUGAUGCUUCGGCGACGGUGGAGGCGACGCGGGUUCAGAUAGGGCUUAAGGAGGAGGAUAUUACGGAUGAGGAUGUUAUUCUUGAUGAUAGGUAUCAUGCUGGGAUUUAUGGGAUUCCGGAUCAGCAAACUUGGGAUGCUAUUGAGUAUGCGGCUAAGAUGGAGGCGUUUAUUACUGAUCCUGUUUAUGAAGGGAAGAGCUUUGCGGGGAUGGUUGAUAUGAUUAAGAAGGGUGAGAUUAAGGGUGGGAAUAUUUUGUAUGCGCAUCUUGGUGGGCAGCUGGCUUUGAAUGCGUAUUCGGAGCUGGGUGCCACUAAAUAG